AUGCGAUGGAGAUCGAAGACUCAUACUUUUCAUAUGCCUCAAGGAGAGGUUAUUGUGAUGGUUGUGGACGUAGCAAUGAUUAUUGGUCUCCCUACAAAAGGUACACCUGUCACCGGCCUAUCUGGUACAAGAAAUUUGAUUCAUGUUAUAUCGCUACUAUAUGGGAGGACCGCGACUAUAAUUGAUUUAAGGGGUGCCUCUUUUAAGACUUCUUUGUUGGAUUUACAUUUUACGAAUGUUAAUGAUUUCAUUCAUUAUGAAGAGGAACUUGUACGCUUCAUGCAGAUGUGGGUGUGGGCUAGGUCCCUUACCAUUGCUCUGAAUAUUAUUUCAGCUCUCCCAUAUUACAACGAUAGUACACCAGUUCGUGUAAGAUGGAUUGGGCAUAAGACAAUCUUCUAUAAUCUAUCAAAGUAUAGGAUGACUGAGCAUCAGACCUAG